CUCGGCUUAGUUCGGUACCACCUUUGCAAUGUCGCCUCGUGUCAGAGACCUACAGUUAACUUCUCUUGCUGGUAGCCGUGAAAUCUCCUCCUCCGCUGAUCUCGGCGACCUCGAGGAUGUCCGGCUCCUGGACUCCUACGACAAAACAGAUUCUUCUUAUGGAUCUGAAGAGGGAAUCAAGAGGAUUCAGGUCAGAGUCUCUGGCAUGACCUGUGCUGCCUGCUCCAAUGCUGUCGAAGCAGCUCUCAAGGCCAUUGAUGGCGUGCUCAGUGCCUCCGUGGCUCUGCUUCAGAAUAAGGCUAAUGUCGUUUUCAACUCAAGUCUGGUCAAGGACGAAGACAUUAAAAAUGCAAUUGAAGAUGCUGGAUUUGAAGCAGACAUAUUACCUGAGUCCAGUACAGUUGGACCAAAACUGCAGCAAACCCUGGUUGGACAGUUCACAAUUGGUGGUAUGACAUGUGCAGCUUGUGUAAAUUCUGUUGAAGGUAUUUUGAGGAAUCUUACUGGGGUCAAAAGGGCUGUUGUAGCUUUGGCAACUUCCUUGGGGGAAGUUGAAUAUGAUCCUACUAUAAUUAGUAAAGAUGAUAUAAUCAAUUCAAUGGAGGAUGCUGGCUUUGAAGCUUCAUUUGUACAGAGUAGUGAGCAAGAUAAAAUAAUUUUAGGGAUUGUUGGUUUGUACAGCCUGAUUGAUGCGCAAGUUUUGGAAGGCAUUCUCAGCAGCAUGAAAGGAUUAAAACAGUUUCGUUUUGACCAGAUAUCAUGCGAACUGGAAGUUCUAUUUGAUCCUGAAAUUCUCAAUUCUAGAUCCUUAGUUGACGGGAUUGAAGGGGGAAGCAACGGGAAGUUUAAAUUACAUGUUAGGAGCCCAUAUGCAAGAACGAUAUCUAAGGAUGUUGAAGAGAUCACAGCUAUGUUUCGACUUUUUAUCUCAAGUCUGCUUCUAAGUAUUCCUCUCUUUCUCAUUGGUGUAGUUUGUCCUCAUAUACCAAUGUUAUACUCCUUACUACUUUGGAGAUGUGGGCCUUUCCUCAUGGAUGAUUGGCUGAAGUGGGCAUUAGCUACUGUUAUCCAAUUUGGAAUUGGAAAGCGCUUCUACAUUGCGGCUGGCAGAGCUCUUAGAAAUGGUUCAACUAACAUGGAUGUGUUGGUUGCUUUGGGAACUACAGCUUCUUAUGUCUAUUCUGUUUGUGCUCUUCUUUACGGUGCCCUUACUGGAUUCUGGUCUCCGACAUAUUUUGAAACAAGUGCCAUGCUCAUAACAUUUGUAUUGUUGGGGAAGUAUUUGGAAUGCCUUGCAAAGGGAAAGACAUCAGAUGCCAUCAAGAAGUUAGUAGAGCUGGCUCCUGCGACAGCUUUAUUGGUAGUCAAAGAUAAAGGUGGUAAACCUGUUGAAGAAAGGGAAAUAGAUUCAUUGCUCAUUCAGCCUGGUGACACGUUAAAGGUUCUUCCUGGUGCAAAGAUUCCUGCUGAUGGCAUCAUUACAUGGGGCUCAAGUCAUGUCAAUGAGAGUAUGGUAACUGGUGAAGCUGCACCUGUUUCAAAGGAAGUUAAUGCAUCUGUUAUUGGAGGUACUAUAAAUUUACAUGGUGUCCUUCACAUUCGAGCCACCAAAGUUGGAGCUGAUACAGUUUUGAGUCAGAUAAUUAGUCUGGUAGAGACAGCCCAGAUGUCCAAAGCCCCUAUUCAGAAAUUUGCUGAUUAUGUAGCAAGCAUUUUUGUCCCUACAGUUGUUUCUUUUGCAUUAUUGACAUUAUUGGCUUGGUACGUUGCUGGAGCUUUAGGAGCUUACUCUGAUGGGUGGCUGCCAAAAAAUGGAAAUCACUUUGUUUUUGCCCUUAUGUUUGCAAUAUCUGUGGUGGUGAUUGCAUGUCCCUGUGCACUUGGCUUGGCAACGCCAACUGCUGUCAUGGUUGCAACAGGGGUUGGGGCUAAGAAUGGAGUUUUAAUUAAAGGAGGAGAUGCCUUGGAAAAGGCUCAGAUGGUGAAGUACCUAAUAUUUGAUAAAACAGGAACUCUAACUCAGGGAAAAGCCACUGUUACGACUGCCAAGGUAUUCACAGGAAUGGAUCGGGGAGAGUUUCUUACAUUGGUGGCUUCUGCAGAGGCUAGCAGUGAGCACCCACUGGGGAAAGCAAUUGUAGAAUAUGCACGUCAUUUUCAUUUCUUUGAUGGGUCAUCUGCAGCCACUGGUACCCAAGAUGUUGCCGAGGAGUUAAAUUCUGGAUGGCUUCAUGAUGUCUCAGACUUCUCUGCUAUUCCAGGAAGGGGCAUCCAGUGCCUUUCAGAUGGGAAGCGUAUUCUGGUUGGUAACAGGAAGCUAAUGGUGGAAAGUGGCAUAAAUAUUCCGACCCAAGUGGAAAAUUUUGUAGUGGAUCUGGAAGAAGGUGCUAAGACAGGAAUACUUGUUGCAUAUGGUGACGAAUUAAUAGGCGUUUUAGGGGUUGCAGACCCGCUAAAAAGAGAAGCUUCUGUGGUUAUAGAAGGACUCCGAAAAAUGGGUGUCAGUCCUGUUAUGGUUACCGGAGACAAUUCGAGAACUGCUCAGGCUGUUGCCAAGGAGGUUGGAAUUGAAGAUGUGAGAGCAGAGGUGAUGCCAGCAGGAAAGGCCGAGGUUGUUCGCUCAUUUCAAAAAGACGGGAGCGUAGUGGCGAUGGUGGGAGAUGGAAUUAAUGACUCUCCGGCGUUAGCUGCUGCGGACGUAGGCAUGGCGAUUGGCGCCGGCACGGAUAUUGCAAUAGAAGCUGCAGACUAUGUGCUGAUGAGAAACAAUCUGGAAGAUGUGAUCACAGCCAUUGAUCUCUCAAGGAAGACAUUUUCUCGAAUUCGAUUGAACUAUGUAUUUGCAAUGGCUUACAAUGUGGUUGCCAUACCUGUUGCUGCUGGGGUCCUGUAUCCUUCAUUAGGGAUCAAGCUGCCUCCUUGGGUUGCUGGUGCAUGCAUGGCUCUCUCAUCAAUAAGUGUUGUUUGCUCUUCUUUGCUUCUUAGGAGAUAUAGAAGACCCAGACUUACUACAAUUCUUGAAAUAGUUGUAGAAUAACUAGAAAUUAAUAACAAUGUUGGAAUUUGGAUUAA